AUGUCCUCGGAUGCCGGAGAGAAGAUUUGGAGAGAAUGGCUUGCAAUCAGGAGCACGCCGAUGUCAAAAACAGUAGAGCGCGGUCGAAAAGGCAAGUCGCUUGCAAGCGGCAGGCGGCAACAGGUAGGCUUAGGAGCUUGCCGACGGAUUUCCCUACGCCACCGCCGACGCCAAAAACCGCAGGGUGUUCGGCUCUGGCGCAAAAACUUCCCCAGAAUCGUCGUCGGGCUCAUACUGAGUUCUACACGUGUAAUUUUGUACAGCAAUGAGUAUUUCUUACCGUCCAAUAGAAAGCGUUUGUUUUUUCCAUCACUUCAUCAAAGAUUUCCUUCACGACACGCGCAAGGAAGGCGAAGUCAUCUGAAGUCUGAACGCCAAAAUUUGAUCCAGCCUUGA